CGAAGCCUGUUGUAGGCUAUCUGGAGGUAUUGGUGGUUGUUUGCUCACACUUUCCAUAUGGAGCUGGGAGCGUUUGCCGGUUGGACGACCGAAGACCGUGAAGUUCGAGGAUUGGGACGAGAAAGACGACCCACUACGACGCCCGACUUGGGCUUACAAGUGGGAUGUGUUAAAUGAGAUGACGGAUGAUCCCUCGGUCAUGUACAAGCUGUACAGGAGCGAGAUGGACGCGAUCACGCCUGAGCAGGUUGUAUGGGAACCUUAUGGAACAGGAGAGAGUUUUGGGAACCCUAUAGAGUUCACACUGAAUCCGAUGUGCACUAGUGAUAGGGAUCUCUGGCAUAUGCGGUGUCCACUCAUAUGCAACUGGGCGGUUGAGCUUCACAUGCCACAUCGGGUGUACCGUCAGUUUGGUUUGCUCAUGCCACACCCGCCGGAGUUUGUGGACACGGAUAUAGUGCUACACGCGUAA